UUGACAACAAAACUAAUUUCAAACAGGGCCGUUUAUUUUGUUUAUUUCAAUAUAACUUUGUACUACAUUCUUGCUAUUGGUGUUUUAAAAUGGAAUGUAAGACAUUCCAUAAAGGGAAGUACUAUAUUACCUUUAAACGAGGAUUCGAAGACAGUAAGAGAGAUGUUACUGUUACUAUCAUGAAGAUUUUCGGCAGUGACAGCUUGCGAAUAUCUCUUUCCGACGAGGACGACCCUACUUUUUUAUGUAUUCUCAAUGUUUCGCGGUGCGACUACGAAGAUCUCAAGAAGCAGCAAGGCCUGUUGAUAGAUUUCGAUAAUUUCCCCUCGCAGCUCGUUAGACUCCUUCAACAAUGUGCAUCUAACAAUAUGUUCCUGAUUGUACAACAAACAAAUCCUGUGCAAUUUUAUUUUGAAAUUGUAGAGCACAAUGAGUUUAGGCGUUUAGUUCAUUUGUCACUGAAGACAGGGCCGGCUACGGACGCAGAUAUAAAGCAACAUAUGGCUGACACUAUCAAUAAUUUAAAGAAUACAUUGGCAUCUUUUAAAAGUUCAGCAACCAGCAGUGAAGUGAUGUGGAAGGAGAAGUGCAUCAAAAUGGAGCAAAAGAUUCAAGAGUUGACCAACAACUUGGCUGAACUGAAAGAUGAAAGGAGAAAGAGUGAAAAUGAGUUUCAAGAAGCAUUGAAACAGGAGAGAGAAAGGACAGCCCAGGAAAGACUUCAGUGGCAGAAGAAUGCAGAAAUUAAUGCAAAAGCUCAGCUUGCAAGUUCAGAAGAAGCCUUAAACAGAAAAAACAGACAAAUAGAAGAGCUAAAUACAAUAUGCCAGCAGUUAAAAGAUAAAAUGGGACACUUGGACAACCAAUUGAGUGAAAAAUCUCAAAGGUUAAUGCUGUUAGAGGGAGAGGUUCAAAAGUCACACAUAGAAGUGGCUACAUUAAAGGCAAAAAAUGCAAGCUUAGAUAGAGAAAUUACUGAAAAAGAAAAGCAAAUUAGCAACUUGAACACAAGAUGUACCUACUUAGAAAAGAUUGGUAAAGAGAAUGCUGAUCUUGUUGCAGAGCUGAAAAAUUCGUUACAUAUAGUUAAAAAAGAAAAGAUAAGAGUAGAAGAAAGACUAGCUCUAAGUGAAUCACUAGCGAAUAGAAACAAUGAAGCUGCAAAUUCAACUUCAGAACAAUUGCUGAAGGCCAACCAAAUAAUUUCGAAACAAAACAAUGAUAUCAUUGAAAUGAAAGAAAAGAUACUAUGUCGAACAGCUAUAGCAUUAGAACAAGAAAAAGUCAUAGAGAAAAACAACAAAGAAAUUGAGGAGCUCAAGUCUGAAAUAAAUAUUACUAAACAGAACAUUGUCAGCCUCAAAACAGAAUUGGACAAGCUGAAAGAAAAGUAUGAAAUAAAUGAGGCGGCUUUGAAGGAUAAAGAAGAAAUGAUACAGAAUAAUAAUAUGGUGAUCCAAUGGCUGCAUAAAAAAAUGGAAGACACUUGCGAACCAAUCAGUGCGAUAAGAAACAAAUCAUUCAAUGGAGCCGCCAAACACAGCUCGACGCCGCACAUUCAACCAAAUGAGAAUUCAGAUCUCGCUGAGGGCAUUUCAGAAGAAUCUAUCAAUUUCUAUGCUACAUCAAAAUUGUCUACAUUUGAAGGAAGUCCUUUAACAAAAACUCAAGAUAACGGAAACAACAUCGGCCUAGAUCCGAAAUACUUAAGACCGGCUGAUGACAAAGCAAACAAGACUGCUAAAGAUUGCGGAUCACAGAAGUCCGUAAAAGGAAAAGAAAAUGACAAAUUCAGUUUACCUCAAGUGGACUACAGAGAAAAGAAAUCCUCGCGAAAAAGUACGUAUCGGGCAACACCGGUAUCUGCAUAUUUUCCAUGAAAAAUAAAUUCCAAUGUGGUGUUAACACAUUUAGAGCCAAGAACCCGAUUGUCGGGUACACUGUUCGUAGUGACUACGCGCUCCAUACGGCGAAGACGUGGCUACGCGCUACGAGCGUAACCCGUAGCACUUAGUGGCAAUGAAUGUCUUAACAUCGGCGGCGCUACCAUUUCCCUUAGAACAAGGGUCGGCAAACCGCGACUAGGCUCUUUGGAGGUACAACUGCGGCUCUUGAAGUCACCCAUAAAAUUAACCCUUGAGAGUUCUUACACCUCUGAAAACAACGUUUGUGGCUCUUUGAGCAUCCUAAAACGUGAUUUCUACUGGGGUUGGCACUCUUCAAAGUUACCGACCUGCCUUAGGAAAAGGGUUACCAACCUAAAAUAAAAUGAGGUUGAAGGCUAAAAGCAGUGGGCCCUUCUUUCCCCAACCAGAGAAUGGUUAACAGUCGUAUAUACGAAAAAAUCACACCUAUAUAAUAUUGUGUUUCUGAGAGAUAUAAAUCGGAAUGUCUGUUUCUACAUUCGCUUUAAAAACAGCGAAAGACACGGGCAAGUGCGGCCUGUGGACAUAUUUCGGGGACACCUUUUCAAGUUGACAGAGAAUUUCAAGAGGCAUUACAUUUUAAAGUUAGAAGGGUUUUAAGGAAUUGCUAAAAUAGCAGUGAUAUCCGACUUUAUAAAUAAAGAUUUAUUUAUGACAUAGUGACUAACUAUAUUAUGGCCAUACAGAGUACAGUGUAAAAUAGCGAUGUCGUGUCGCCGAGAAACAAACAAAACAUGCAGCAUUUGCGACAUCACCUACAUAACGACGUCGUAUAUUGCUCUCGUUAUUUUAAGUUUUUAGACAUCGGAAUUGUAAUAAAGGAUAAUUUAUUAAAUAUUAGCUAAUGUAAUGUAAUGCAUUUAAGCCGAGCAAAUUAUUGAUUCGGAGACUAGUUAACCGAAAAUUUGAAUGGUGGCGUUUUGGCGAA